AUGUCCCUCCCAUCUAAAUAUGCACCCGAGGGGCUCAGUUCCCACCAGCAAAGGCAAACGCUUACAGUUGGCACUUCUAGGCCCCCAAAACCAAUUCUGUACACAGUAAGAAGAAUUGAAAAUAGGAUCGAGUCUGCAUUACAAAGAAGUCAAACCGAUAAUGAAGACGUAGAAAUGGUGGGUAUGGCCGAUUCAAGCGAAAUUGAAGUGAUUACACACUAUGUACGUGAACAAAGAAGUGAUACCAGAUUUCAAGAAGAUCAAAUGGCAGUCGAUAUGAGUGAGUACUUUGCUGAUACUUUGAACGCUGCAGUUCAUUCAGAAGCUUCAGCAUACCUUGUGGUUGAUACAAAUUUCAUACUUUCACAUUUAGAUAUCAUCAGUGAAUUGGCAAGGUUAGCACAUAAGUAUAAGUUCAGAUUGAUUAUCCCAAUCACGGUGGUUCAGGAACUAGAUGGACUUAAGAAAUCUCUGCGGAUGGAAACCCCUGCGUAUGGAGCGAUCUCUGGAAGGUCAAUUUCUCAUUUAGCUCGAUGGGCAAACGAUUGGAUAUACACCCAAUUGGCCCAAAAUAGUAAAAGUGUACGAGGUCAGGCGAAAGCUGAAAGAUUGGAUAUAAAUACAAUCCAGGACGACUCCAUUUUAGAUUGUUGUCUAUACUUUCAAAAGCUUCAUAAUCGAUCCUUGGUGAUAUUAAUGUCAAAUGAUAAAAACUUUUGUGCAAAGGCAAUGACUAAUUCUGUUCUUACGGUGAGUUAUAGACCUAAUAUGACAGCAGAAUUAAUAUCAUUGAUGGUUUAUAAAGAGAUGACAGAGAGAUUCCCUCCUACUGAUGAUAUGCCAACAAAUCAUCCACUGUUCCAACCACACUCUUGUGAUCAACAGAAUAUCCCACCGCAGAGAAUUGACGUAGGGUCCCAACAAUAUCUGACCGCACCACAAUUUCAACACCAGAAUGUCUCCAUUAGUCCUACAAAAAUUCCGAUUGAAAGGGGACCUGUAUCACUGAAUUCAUUCCAUGAAAUAGCUUCUACAAUAUUCCGUGAGGUGCAAGCUAUUGUAACAAAUGCUAUAAAAAGAUGCAUGGUGAUUGGCUACGGAGAGGAUAUUGAUAUAAUACAAAACUAUAGUGCUGAAAAGGUGACUUCAUUACACGAAUGCUCGCACGUACUAGUGAGAUUCAAAAGCAUCGUAUUCGAGAAAUAUGUGGGUAGAAGAUGGAAAGUCGAUAAUUCAUUUAAUACAACUCCAUAUGAUAGAUUAGAAAUGGAUCGUUUCUUAAAUUAUUGGUUGCAGAUCUUGCAACCUAUUUAUGAACAAGAAAUGGAUAGUACCCAGCAGCAAUCUCUUCUUGUUUUAAUUCAACGUUGGAAUAAUCUAAUACAAUGA